UAUGAUGGUUAAAUUUACUUGUUUCAACGAGUUAAUUGCGAAAAAAUUGUUAAAUAGAGAACGUAGGGAAAAAAGGAACGGACAGAGUUCUCCCGUUUCGCUUAAAGGGGUAGACACGGGUAAUAGUAGCGCGUUUACUUUACCGGCAAAAAUGGGCCUAAACAUGGGUUUACGGGAUUCGACUUUUCGUCCUUAUAUGAGAGAACACACCUUAGAUGAGCGCCUUAGAUCACCAUAUUAUGAGAUAAUAUUUGUAAGAGAGGUAGGCGUGACGAAAAUAUUAGGUGAAAAUUAAAUUCAAACUGUUAAAUCGCGUGGUGCUUGAUUGAAUUAAAAAUUAGAAAUAAAUCAAAAUACUUUUUCUUUCUUUUUGUAGAUUUUCUUAGUUGUCAAUGCGACCGGUUAUUUCUGUUGUUUCGACAACUUCCUGUGCAUGCUGUGCAUAAACGUCAAAUUGCAAACGAUAUUUGACCAUGAUUAUUUAAAAAGAAAACAAGUCACAGUGAACAGUGAAUUCAAGAACUGUAUCAUCUACCAUCAAUUACUUAUUCUCUACGUAAAAAGGUUGGAAUGCACAUUUCGUUUCCCAUUAUUGGGUCAAUUGGUAAUAUCUAGUAUAGUGCUGUCUAUCUCAGGAUUCCAACUCUGCAUGAUUGACUGGUCCAUGAAGAGAUUAUUAUUCUUCGUUUACUUUUUCGGUGCCAUUUUCCAAAUAUAUUUGAUAACGUAUAACAGUAAGAAUAUAAUAGUGGAAAGCAAUGCUGUAGGAGAAGCAAUAUAUAGUUACAAUUGGGAAACGAGUUCUUACAAAGAUUCGACAAGUUUAGAAAGGAUAUACUCACGGUAAUCUUGCGAUCGAAACAAUCCUGUCAUCUUACGGCAGGAAAGUUCUUUCCAAUUUCCUUGGAAUUGUUCAUGAAGGUAACUAUUUUCAUAAUAUGUACUCCGUAUUUCAUAUCAU